CCGCCGUCGCUAGAGUACGACUUGCGCCAGAGGAAGCGUAGUAUCUUCAUCUUCUGGUUCCUCAUUCUCUUCGACUCAAUCGUCAUGCCGUUAGCCCUCUACUUCGGCCUCUGGUACGGCACAAAUCUCUCGCCAAACACCGUCUUUUCCAUCGUCACAGCCGCCCUGGGUGGUAUCAGUAUCUUCGAAUAUGUACUACGUUUCUGGCACCUGUUCAAGAAAGGCAGCACAUGUCGUGUCAUCGGAGGUCGCAGAUCAUACCUCGACUGGUUUCACUGGAACUUCAGUUUUGCCUGGGUCAUCAUCAUUGUCGAGCUCAUUGUCGGCACUAUUCCUGAGAACCCACCGAUCCGUUUGCUAGCGAUGCCUGUUUCCUCCCUCAUGUUUGCCUUUGGUUCCGAGUUGAUUAUUCAAGACGGGAUGCGUCUUCUGGGAAUCCCUUCACCCUUCCGCAUCUCUUCAAUGCCUGCUGGUUCCCAAUUGCGCCCUGGAAUCUACUGGAUCAUCGAAGACAUCGUCGCAGUUGAUGGCGGCGGUAACAUUGAGUUCCGUGAGAGACUCAACGUCAGAUACGAAGCUAGCCACUACUUCCGCCAAAUGCUUCACCGUCUGACAUUGUUCUGGGGCAUUGGUGCAGAGGUAGCAGCUGGCGUGAUCACUGCCCUGAUCUUCACCCUCGAAAAAGAUGCUGCCUAUGUGGUCGGCUGGGCCGUUCCUUUCAUCUGGGCCGGAGUCUGGACCUUGUGCACCUUCUGGUAUGCCAAGCGCUGCCUGAAGCAAGAGGCCGAGGAGUGG